UCGGAGUCAAUGUUCGUCCUACCCCAAAUACAGCAGAAGAAGAGGUUCCCGACGGAAGGUUUAUUUGGAAUACAGAUCCAUUCAUGUUUUGACUAAGGAGUGGACAAUAAAACACGCAAUCAUGUCUGGAGCGUGUCAGGACAGAAGGAGUCGCUGGCAGGAGAUUCAGAAAGGCCUACAGUUCAUCCAAUCAACCCUUCCAUUUCCUGGAAGUCAAGAUCAGUAUGAGGUGUUCAUCAAGGAUCUCGUGUGGAAUCUGUUCGGCGAAGGAAACGACGUGUUCAAAGAAGGCGACUGGACGAAAUCCAUCGAGAUGUACACCGAAGCCUUGAGUAUAGCAGACUAUGCUGACUCCGAAGAAAUCUGUGUUCCAACAGGUUUACUGGAAAAGCUGUAUGCAAAUCGAGCUGCUGCCUACCUUAACAUUGUUCCAGGACUGUAUGACCAAGCAUUAGAAGACUGUGAAAAAGCGCUCCAGCUGAACGAAGGGAACUACAAAGCACUGUACAGGAAAGCCAAAUCCUUGAAAGAGAUGGGGAGAAAUCAAGAAGCCUAUGAGGCUGUUGCCAAAUGCUCUCUAGUCGUGCCUCAGGACGCCAGUGUCACACAGCUGACACAGGACCUUGCCAAAAUUUUGGGAUUGAAAAUCCGCAAAGCCUAUGUAAGGAGUAAGCCUGGCUUGAAUGUUUUGAGAGGAUCAAAUUAUCAAGAUGCAUCAUGUGACAAGUCUUCUCAUGGCUCAUCUUCAGUUGAAGAUAUAGAAAUUGAAGUGCCUCAGCGGACAGAGGACAGCAGUGUCGCUGCUCCAGUAGCUCCAUCCCCGGUUCCAGUUCCAGCUCCAGCCGUAGUUCUCCCGCUUCUUAAUGAAGCAGUGUUGGAUGAAAUUCCUGUCAUCAGCAGUAUCUCAUCUGUGCCCGUCUCUGAGCCUCCGGGCUUCGAGUCCAUUUCCCUUCCUGUGUCAGUACCAUCAUCUGUUUCUCUUCCUGUGCCCACAUUUGUUAACGGGUGCAGGACCAGUAAACCUUGCACGAUGCUGGAAACAAGUCAGGACUUUGAUGCAGACAUUAUCGGGGACGACUUGGACGAUCUACUGGACCAAGCUGGCCCUGAAUCAGCCAUGGUUAUACCCACAGUGAAGGGGCCUCUUCCUUUGCCAACCAGUAUCGCCUCGGGCAGCUCCAUGUCCACUCCAUUCCUGAUGCCAUCUCACAUUAACUCUUUCCCCUUUGGCAGCACGCAGCAGUGCACCAUCACACUGCCCGCACUGUAUCACAAGUCAGGGACCAGUACUUAUUUUGGCAUGGACACUUUUGAGGCCCUCACACCCCCACUGGACUCCCUGGACAGUCUCAGUAUAACAGACUAUAAAACAGAUUUUGCUCCUAGUCCGUUCAUGCCACAGAUGAACAAUAUCGCCACACCUAUGGGAAUGGCUGUGGGGAUGCCUGAAGUGAAGGGGCUGCCUCCUGCUGUGGAUUUAGCAAAGAACCCCUUAGCUGAAACGCAUGAGUUCAGACAGGCGUGCUCGAUAUGCUUCGUCAAAACUGGGCCUGGUGUGUUGGAUUAUGCACUUCAUACAGAGGAGCAUAAAUGCAAAAAGGAUGCUUUACUGGGCAGACUGAAACAUUCGACAGACAAAUCAUGGAAGCUCAUACGGCCCAGACCGACAAAAACCCAAUAUGUUGGACCUUAUUACAUUUGUAAAGAGGUGGCUGUUGGAAAAGAGUGCCUGUACCCCGGACACUGCACAUUUGCAUACUGCCAGGAAGAGAUUGAUGUGUGGACUCUGGAGCGGAAAGGCUUUAUCUCCAGAGAACUCCUUUUUGACCCUUACGGGCCAAACUCCAACGUCCGGUUGACUGUCCCCAAGAUCUUACAGGAGCAUCAUGGGAUUUUCAUGUUUCUCUGUGGAGUUUGCUUUGACCACAAACCCAGAAUAAUCAGCAAAACCAACAAAGAUGACCCCACACUCUGCUCUCAUCCAGUGACAAAGCAUGACUUUGAGGAUCAUAAGUGCCUGGUUCACAUUUUGAAGGAGAACACAGUUCGCUAUUCCAAAAUCCGACCGUUGGGUCCUCACUGCCAGCUGGAUCUCUGCCGGCAUGAAGUCCGCUACGGCUGCGUAAGAGAAGACGACUGCUUCUAUGCACACAGCCUCAUCGAGCUGAAGGUGUGGAUGAUGCAACAUGAGCAAGGUAUCACCCAUGAAGCAAUCGUCCAAGAGGCAAAGAUGUUUUGGAAUGCAACCGCUUCAUUGCAGGGAGCUCAGCAGCUGACAAGUGUGCAAAGGAGGUUUGGCCCUCCAACUCUGAAGAUGAUGUUUGUUUGCGGCCAGUGCUGGAGGAACGGCCAACUAAGCGAAGCUGAAAACAAGAAGUAUUGCUCUGCCAAGGCAAGACACACGUGGGCGAAAGACAGGCGGGUGGUGCUUGUAAGUUCCCACGAAAGGAAAAAGUGGACGACAGUAAGACCGCUUCCAACCAAAAAACCCAUCCCGUCUCAAUUUGAGAUCUGCAUGCAUGUGACAGCUGGCAAGAAGUGUCAGUACAUCGGGAAUUGCACCUUUGCUCACAGCGUUGAAGAAAGAGACCUUUGGACCUACAUGAAGGAAAACAACAUUCCAGAUAUGGAUCAGCUUUAUGAGCAGUGGCUGCAGUCUCAGAAGCCUGGCUGGGGCGACGAGAGCUCCAAUAACUCCGUGAGGGAGAACGGCAAACAGAUCCACAUGCCAACGGACUACGCCGAGGAAGUGGCUGGAAAUCACUGUUGGCUGUGUGGUAAAAACUGCAACAGUGAGAAGCAGUGGCAGCAGCAUAUCACUUCAGAAAAGCACAAAGACCGAGUGUUUAACUCUGAGGACGAUCAGAACUGCUGGCAGUAUCGGUUUCCCACGGGCACUUUCAGAGUUUGUGAGAGGUUCCUCAAAGGCACGUGCACAGAGGACGAGUCGUGUAAACUGGCACACGGGGAGCAGGAACUAAAAGAGUGGUUGGAGCGCAGGGAAUUCCUUUUGAUGAAACUUGCCAAAGCCAGAAAAGACCAUCUUAUAGCACCGAAUGACAAUGACUUUGGAAAAUACAGUUUUCUCCUUAAAGACAUUGCAUAAGUCAUGUGACGGCAAUAUUCAUGCUCUCCUGCAGAUAAUGCAGUAUUCAAACAGUGUUGAGUCAGGUGAUCCUUGGAAGGGCCUCUGAAGUGCACAGGAAAUAGCCUGAUCCUGGCAUGGUUUUAAAGAGGGGGUUCAGGACCGGCCCUCUGAUUGGUGGCUGGUUUACUUUGAUCAGAGCUACAGGAGUGUUAUCGCUAACGGCAAAAACUGAGUGUGAGACACUCAAAGCUUUUUGCUUUGCACCAUCGAGACGAAUAUCUGAGAUUGUUGGUGAUAAACAGCAUGUUCAACCAUCUUCAGAGACAUGUUCAGAUACUCACAUUUGACCUAGACAAAUAAUUUCUUUUCAUAAGCAGUUUGUAUGUUAAUAAACUUUACCCUUCAAUAAGUUUUAAGUAUGGCAUACUUAAAUUGAGAGUUGAGUUCACAUUCUCACUUUUUCAUUUAUCCAGUAGUGUUACCAGUGUAGUGGGCACCACACCAAAUAAAGCCUCUUUUUUAAUCUGUG